CCACGGCAUGGCUGUGUCCUGGAGGAGCUGGCUCGCCAAUGAAGGGGUUAAGCACCUCUGCCUGCUCGUCUGGCUCUCCCUGAAUGUCCUGCUUUUCUGGAAAACCUUCUUGCUGUAUAACCAAGGGCCAGAGUACCACUACCUCCAUCAGAUGCUGGGGCUAGGAUUGUGUCUAAGCAGAGCCUCUGCGUCUGUUCUUAACCUCAACUGCAGCCUUAUCCUUUUACCCAUGUGCCGAACACUCCUGGCUUACCUUCGAGGAUCCCAGAAGGUUACAAGCAGGAGAACCAGAAGACUGUUGGAUAAAAGCAGAACAUUCCAUAUAACCUGUGGUGUUACUAUUUGUAUUUUCUCAGGUGUGCAUGUGGCUGCCCACCUGGUGAAUGCCCUCAACUUCUCAGUGAAUUAUAGUGAGGAUUUUGUUGAAUUGAAUGCAGCAAGAUACCGAGAUGAGGAUCCUAGAAAACUUCUCUUCACUACUGUUCCUGGUCUGACAGGAGUCUGCAUGGUAGUGGUACUAUUCCUCAUGAUUACAGCCUCUACAUAUGCAAUAAGGUAA